AUGCCUCAUGUCGAUCUUGACGAUGAUGUUGUCGAUUUAACGCUAGAUGAGUUCCAGAAAGAAAAUAAGUUUAUCGGCCUAACGCUAGAGAAUUUCGAGAACCCGGACAUCAAUUGGCUCACAGAUCACAAUGGCGACGUCGACGGUGUGUUUGAAGACACCUUUGCUGCGAGGGAGCCUCAUGCGGCCACCACCACUACCAGUCAUGAUGCACCUAAAAUGUGGACCAAGUUUGGUGAGAUGGAGGAAGCGGAGGAGGAGGAAGAGCUCAUGGAUCUCCCGCAGCAGGUCGACUUGUCCCCUAGCUCUCCCAUCCAGAGCCCUCCUGACUACGUCCCAAGCCCCGAACACCUCGUCGCAGACAAGUACCCGGAAAUGCCUGAGCUUCCAGCGUCGUGCGUCGUGGAAGCUGUAGAUCUUGAUUUAGAACUUGGUGAUGCAGGUGCAGGUGCUUCGGCUGAAAUAGUGGAACAAGAAGACGUUGCAUUGGAAGAGACGCUGGACGUCCCUGUCAGCGCGAAUAUGAGCGUUGAGUUCCCGGAGAGUCUGCUCCUGGUGCCAAGGUCGUAUUACGAACCAUUCGAACCGGGUGUUCCAGUCCUUAAGGAACGUGAGGCUGUUGCUCGACUGCUCGAGGUGGCUGAAGAGGCCGGUCAGGGUAUUGACCAUGACGACUUCGUUGAGUUCCAACUUGACGAUUUUUCAGUCUACUCCGAUCGUCAAAAAUACGGCCAGGAGAUGUGCUCUCUCCACCACCUCCACACAAAACAUGGCUUCAAUACUGUCUUCUUUGACGGAAAACUGAGUGUUGGUAAUACUGCUUUCUACGUUCACCGCGUGGAAAUCAGCGCAUUGCCGAUCGAGAACUACGGUACAUUAUCAAAGCACACUGUCAAAGACAAAAUCUGGGUACGAUCAGUGUUAAACACUGAACGCGAGAUAUACUACCGGUUGAAUAGCCCUGCCAAGGAAUAUCGUCGUUUCUUUGACCCGUUCUUGUGGGUUGCAGAUCUCGCAAAGCAUUUCGUGGAUUACCUCAAGUUCAAGGGGGAGGAAGACGACCAAGUUACGAUCUUCCAUUUUAGAUCAAACUUCAGCAUUUGGCUGGCGAAAAGGCACCGCCAUGCACCAGAUUUCAUCUCGUGGAAGGGGCAGCACGUAAACGAUGAUUUCAGGACGGCGAUUGUGGCCAAUAUUGCAUUUUUACACAAGGAAGCGAUCGGUGUUCUUGGGCAUAGAAAAACAUACAAGCAUGUUAUCUGGGCCGAGGUUUGGGAGUUUACGCGAUACAAACCGUGCCCAAAGAUUGGGCCCAGCGAAGACACAGAUACUGUCGUUACCCAAUACAUUUUCGACUGUUUCAGUCACCAGCCAUUCGGCAACCGUCUCAAGGCCAUUCCUCUGAGUGAGACUACUCAGUCUUUGCAAAAUGCACUGAUAAAGCAACGCCAUCUGGAAUUACCAGCGCCAGUUCAUGAUAGUGGUAAGACCAUAACAACGGCUGGAAUUAAGCAAAUUCGAGCGAUUCGAGCAGGUGACACAAUCUCGACCCAAAGAGAUGCCGAGGGAUCUGGCACACAAUGGCGACGUGACGUUGCGCAUGGGUUUGAUGACGUCGAUCGAUGGUUCGCCUUGGUACAGCGCGUGCGUGUCAACAAGCGUGGCCAGAGAACGUUCGACGUGAUUUGGUACUAUCGACCCGUGGACACCCUAUGCGGUCUGAUGAAAGCAAAGAUCUCCGAGGACGAAGUGUCAGGGGUUCACCAAGUCGAAUUUGGGGGGACUUCGGCGACUGAAGCCGAAUUCUUUUGUCGCCAAACAUAUAUAUGCCAAGAACGAAAUUGGGUCACCCUUGAGAAAGCCCAUUUUCGUUGUAUUCAUCUGCGCGAGAGCUCUCCUCAGGCGCUGGGGUUACAAACUGGCGAAACGCGACUCAUCAUGAUCAACAGGACUAGCGGUCGGUCCGAGCCUUGCGAGUUUCUUACCUUCUAUGAGGAGGAAGGCAACGGUAUAUACAGGUUUCGGAAGUUGCUAAGAAGAUACCAGGUUGAUCCGGCAUCCAAAGCUCGACCCAAUGAGUUGGUGUACAGCUAUGUCGAGCCGCUUGUCGAGGUAAAAAGAUCGCGCAUUCUCGAGCCGUGUUUCGUGCGUCAUUUUAAAGACGGGCAAGCAAUACCAACGCCAUAUGACCGUGACGGUGUGGGAGGGUUUUUCUAUUUCACACACGAACAAGUUUCCGACAAUGAGACUGGAACGAAGUUAUAUGUUGCGCUAUCCGAACCUCCCUCGUCUAUACAGCAGGGCUACGACCCAUCGCAGUCUAUUCCACGGCUGCGAGGUCUGGACCUCUUUUGCGGUGGUGGUAACUUUGGUCGUGGGUUAGAAGAUGGAGGUGCUAUCGAGAUGCGAUGGGCGAACGAUUUUGACGCCAAGGCUAUUCAUACUUACAUGGCAAACAUUACUGGGCCCUCUGAAGUAUCUCCAUUCCUUGGGUCUAUAGACGAUCUCCAACGUCUUGCUAUCGAGGGUGAGUUUUCAGUCAAUGUCCCACCGAUUGGAGAUGUGGAUUUUAUCUCAGGCGGUAGCCCUUGUCCAGGCUUCUCUCGGCUGACCAACGAUAAAACAACUGCCGCUCAGCGGAAGAACCAGUCGUUGGUAGCAGCCUUUGCGUCGUGCGUUGACCUAUACCGUCCACGAUAUGGUCUCCUUGAGAACGUUCCGGGAAUCGUGCAAAAGACAGCCAAUCGAGAUCAAGACGUGUUCAGUCAACUCAUUUGUGCCAUUGUAGGCUUGGGUUAUCAAGCACACUUUUUCUUUCUCGAUGCUUCUGCCUGCGGUGCCCCUCAGCGUCGUUCUCGUGUGUUCCUGGCUUUUGCUGCACCAGGCCACCGCUUACCUCACGCACCAUAUCAAACCCAUGGUCAUCCGCAAGAUACUUCCAGGCUUAGUCUAGGUAUUCUCCCUACUGGGGAACCUACGGCUGAGCGCGCUAUGCCGGCUGCCACACCAUUUGACUUUGUGUCUGCGAGGGCUUCCACUGCCGACCUGCCCCCUAUUUAUGAUUCAAAGCCAGAUGUAUGCGUACCGUACCCCGACCAUCGGGUGUCUGUAGGCAUCACGCCUCUAAUGCGAGGUAGGAUUCACCUCAUCCCAACUCAGCCUUGGGGUAUGAACUUCGCACAGGCCUGGUAUGGUCGCAACCUGAAAAAGGCUGGUUCAGGUGUAAUGACGCCAAGCGAGCGCCUAGCAUUUCCUGAACGCACCGAUAAGGGGUUGGGACGAGGAAACCCGAGCUCGAACGCAUAUGGCCGACAACGACCCGACCAUCUCUUUGUCACAGUCGUCAAGACCCAAAGUCCGGACGAUGCGAAGAACGGCCGCACGUUACACUGGCAUGAGCCUCGCGUCUUGUCCAUCAUGGAGGCGCGACGAGCACAGGGGUUCAGGGACGAAGAAGUCCUGUUGGGUAUCCCAAGUGAUCAGUACAAAAUCGUUGGCAACAGCGUUGCUCGUGAGGUCGCGGUGAGCUUGGGUGCUGUAUUCUGCGAGGCAUGGAUUCAGAGCCUCGCAGACGAGCAUCACUCCUCCACUGCUGCAGUUCCUUCUGCGGUACCAGCUCGUAUAGGUAUCGAGGUUUCCCCUAUCACCAAUAUCAGGAGACUUGAGUCCGAGUCAGCCUCCAUCGAAAACACCCCACAAUCUUCAAAGUCCAGAAGUGAAUCUCGAGUCAAUCAAGUUUCGUCUACACCGAGCUCGACUCCUCCUGCUCCUCCUCAAACGUCUACUAAGCGUAGCCGCAUCGCUGUCGAGAUCCACGGAUCGAAAUUUCUCCGGACAGACGAGUACAAUAGCCCUAGCAAGGCCACGUCUGUAGCAUCCAGCCGUUCCAAAUCAAAUAGGUUGCGGCACAGUAGCGCAGGUGAAUAG